AUGUCCUUGGAGUCACUAAUCCGCCAGGGCAUCAUUGAAAUCGACGAGGGCUAUCGGUCGAAUGAUUUGAGCAAACUGACCAAAAACUAUGCCUCAAAUGUCGUUUCGAUCGACGUAAAAACUGGCAAGAUCUACGUCGGGGAAAAAGGUCUUACUGAACUGCUCCAAGAAUGGGCAGGCCCGAUGGAGGGCUCGAAGACUACCGCAGCUGACGAAAAAUUCGAGGGCUCCGAGCAGUUGAUCCGUUAUGCUUGCACGACUACUACCGUCUUGAAGGACGGGAAGCAGUUUGUAGCCAAGGUUCUGCAGUACUGGCGACAAGUCGAUGGGAAAUAUGUUGUGGAGACCGAUCUAUUUGAAUUGCUUGAU